AAUUGUGUAUUUAUACUAUCAAGCGUUGGACUAGAGCGCAGUCGACUCAUUAUUGUUGCGCAGUUUAUAUGUUUUAAGGCAAAGUUCGAGUUAUUUCGGAUAUCCUUAUUAUGCCUACCCAUGUGGUUUUACAUAUCUCAGCUGUAGUAUUUCAAUCUCGAUAUUUUUUUUGCCAAACAUUGCAGUAAUACCGAAUGCAUUGGUUAACAUUGUAGUCAGUUGAUUGAUACGAAACACUACGAGAACAAAUCAUUUUGAGCGUCACGCUGCGUAAACUAGGCUACAGUAAACGGACGUUUUAGUGCGCAAUGGCGACUGCAACCUCUACUAGACCUUAUCAUAUUAUCAUAUUCGGAGCCUCCGGUUUUACCGGGCAGUUUGUGGUGGAAGAGGUAGCCCGGAGCGCCUUCGAAGGACCAAGCGGGUCUCUGAAAUGGGCCUUGGCCGGGCGCAGCAGACAGCGGCUGGAGGGAGUUUUGAACCAAGCCGCCGAGACCCUCCGUCAGCCGGAGUUAAGGACUCAAGUUGAAAUCAUUGUGGCUGAUGUUUCCGAAGCAGAUUCAUUGGCCAUCAUGUGCCAACAAGGACUGGUUGUUCUCAACUGUGUGGGGCCAUACAGGUUCUAUGGCGAGCCAGUGGUUAAGGCCUGCAUAGAGAAUGGAGCCCACUGCAUAGACAUCUGUGGAGAACCUCAGUUCCUGGAGAAGAUGCAACUGGAGUACCACAGCAGAGCGAUGGACAGUGGAGUGUAUGUGAUUGGCAGCUGUGGCUUUGACUCCAUACCAGCUGACAUGGGUAUCCUGUACACAAAGAACCAGUUUAAAGGGACACUGACAGCUGUGGAGAGCUUCCUGACUAUACACACUGGUCCUGAGGGAGGCUGUGCCCACGACGGCACAUGGCAGUCCGCCAUCUACGGCUUUGCAGACAGUGGCUCCCUGCGGAAGCUGAGGAAGAAAUUUGGCCACCAACCUCUCCCAGUUGUAGGUGCAAAGGUCAAGAAGAGGGGUAGCCUGUUCUUCAGUAAGGAGAUUGACCAGUAUGCCAUACCCUUCAUGGGCUCAGACCCAUCAGUAGUCAGGAGAUCCCAGCGCUUCCUGUAUGAGGGCCAUCAGGAGUUACCAGUCCAGUACUCUGCGUAUGUAGGGGUCGGUGGCGUCUGGUCGUUGAUAAAGAUGUUCUGUGGUGGCCUGCUCUUCUGGUUCCUAGGGAAGUUCGGCCUGGGAAGGAAGCUCCUCAUUACGUUUCCAGAGUUCUUCUCCUUUGGCGUGUUCACCAAGGCUGGACCCAGCAGGAAGCAGAUGGAAGGAACAUCGUUCAGUCUGACGUUUUUCGGGGAGGGUUAUGCUGAGGGGCUGGACCCGUCUCAGGGAAGACCCAAUGCUAGGAUCUGUACCCAGAUACACGGAGCAGAGCCUGGCUAUGUAGCCACACCUGUUGCUAUGGUACAGGCAGCUAUCACUCUGCUGAAUGAACCACAAUUCCUUCCUAUAAAGGGAGGAGUGUACAGUCCAGGAGCUGCAUUUGCCAGGACAACUCUCAUUGACCGCCUCAACAGACAUGGCCUGGUGUUCUCAGUGAAGAGAUUCUGACGAGAGGGUCUGAGAAAAAGGACUCCUGUCUGUGCCCAAUCCCAAAUCCAACCCCUAGGACAUGUUUGGCUGCUAAAUUCUGGUGCAUUUCGUGCAUCUGAGUGGCGGUGGUAUUUCUAUUAUAUCUGAGAGGUUUUGAUUUGGACUGUUUUUUGUUAGCAAUAUAGAAAUUGGUAAAAUCUUCACUUUGCCCUCUGGUGGGCUGGGUAGUAUAUUCAUCAUAUUGCUUAUACCCAUCCAAUCCUUUCAGAUCUACAUGAAGUGCCAUGGCAUACAGGUGAAUAGGGUGUUGAGCGAUACUCUAACCCCCUGUCACCCCCUACCCUAGUCCCACCAGCUCUGUGUAUCGAUUGCUUAACCCAAUGACUGCUGUGGUCUAUGUUAGAGGAAAUACUGGAUGUCAAUAUUAGGCCAAAUGGACAAACCUCAUCCCCUUAAAGCUGUAUCUGUCUCCCCUUAAAGCCAUACAUGAUCAGCCUUUUUAUCAGGCUAAGGAUAUAGGCAUUCAGACAGCCGGCCACAUUGUUACCGUUCUAGUCUGAAGUCUGUGUCUCUCUCGUGGCCCGUUUGAACUGUCCUUUUAUGGCUUCAGUAUUUUGGUCAUGCAGAGGUGUCACUCGGUGGGUUUCAAAUCAAUUGUCCGUAAUACAAGUGACUUAUUAGUAUUGUUAAUGUGUAUGUGAGUGUCCUUGACCCAGACUACAGCUCUCCACAAUAGGAUGUAGUGGAGGACUAGUUGAAGGGCUGUUGUGUGUUCUCAUAGCCAAGAAAGGACUGGCCUAUAGGUCUUUAUUCUGUGUUUUAACUCACAUUUUAACACACAUAUUUUGCCACAGUGUGUGUGUGUGCGUGCGUGUGCUUGCCACAUGGCUUUUAAUCAGACUAGUCCAAGGGCAUUAUAAGACAGACUUUGGGUGUUUGAGAUAUUUCCGAAUAAUACCAGUGUUUUAUAAACGUGGUGAUAUUCUGUUUUUGUGUUAUAUAACAAAUAAACAAGCAAGCAAUACAUACUGCUCUGUACAAG